UAGAUAAAUAACAUACGACAUAUAAAAUGAUGUAUGCAAACAUAUGUCCAAAUAACACAUUGCUACUGUGGAUGGUUCCGUUGAUUGCUACGCUUAUGAAUAGCUGUGCCAAUUCAGUUCAGUUAUCAUAUUGAGUUAUUUUUGAGCUUUUUAAAACAAAACAAUGCUUCGCAGUUUGACAAAUAAUAAAUAUAUUAUCGCCUGUAUCAAAAAAAGUGCUAGAUUUGCCUCUUCGCCUCAUACUCGAGUCCUACUGCAAUACUCAAGAGUUCCCUUAAUAACGUUAGCGUUGGCAACAACGGGACCAACAUCGGUGGUCAGAAAAGAUGCAUCUAUGCAAACUGAGAAGGAUGAAGUUUUUAUUCCACGCAAUAUUAACAUACCGAAGGUAUUAGAAGAUGCUGAUUCAUUUUUUAGAGAAGGAAAGUUUAACGAGUGUGUGGAGCUACUGCAAAAUUUCAUAAUGAUUGAAGAUCCUGAAAUCUGUUGGAGAUUAGCUCGAGGUUUAUAUAAUUUAACAAAAAUUGUUAACGGUGAUAAAAAAAGGAAAUGUAUUAAUGAUGGCUAUGAACUGAUGAAAUCAGCAUUAGAAAAGUGGCCGGAUAAUGGAGCAAUCCAUAAGUGGUAUGCAGUAUUGCUCGACUCCUAUGCCGGUUUGCAAGGUGUCAAGGAACGUGUUAGGCAAUGCAAAACUGUUAAAGAACAUAUGAUGAAAGCCACAGAGUUGAAUCCUUCUGAUGCCACUGCUUGGUAUAUGUUAGGUGAAUGGUGCUACCACGUUGCUGAUAUAUCAUGGCAUGAACGGAAAUUAGCUAUAAUACUAUUUGGAGAACCCCCAUACUCAACCUUUGAAGAGGCCUUGCGUUACUUUCAGAAGGCUGAAGAGACAGAGCCCUUAUUCUACAGCAACAAUUUACUUAUGUUAGGGAAAACCUACUACAGGCUUGGUAAAACAGAACCAGCCCUCUUUUAUUUGCAAAAAGCCCAGUUACAUCCAAAGACAUGUGAUGAUGAUAUGAUAGCAUGUAAUGAAGCUACAAAAUUACUUUGUAAGCUAAAAAAGAACACAGAGUGAUAAUGAAAAAUAUUGAAUAUGAUCUCAAAAUAUUUUCUACUAGUGAGCUGCAAAGUACGAAGUCAAAUUUAGCACUAUGUCAUAAGUAUUACAAACUCAUAUAUGAUAUAUCAUUUGUGUUACCUAUUUUAUAUUUAUUGUCUGUUUUAAAAUUA